AAACAAAAAAAAAGGUAUUUCAGAUUCCAGCAUUCAUUUACAACUUGUAUUUCCUGGCAUGAUAUGGUGUACCAAAGACUCUUUGCUACCCCAAAAGAGCAGUCACACCCCCAACACAAACGAUGACUAGGAAAACCUUCCUCCACUGCAACCACAGCAAAUCUCAAUCCAAAAAAAAACAGGAUGGGUAUUACCAGAGAUUCCCGCCACAAGCGCUCCGCUUCGGGUGCCAAGCGUGCUCAAUACCGCAAGAAGAGAAAAUUCGAGUUGGGUCGUCAAGCUUCUAACACUCGUAUUGGAACUAAGCGUAUUCACGAAGUUCGCGUACGUGGUGGUAACAAGAAGUUCCGUGGUCUUCGUUUAGAAUCUGGUAACUUCUCCUGGGGCUCUGAGGGUGUUGCUAAGAAGACCCGUGUCAUCCAAGUUGCCUACCACCCUUCCAACAACGAGUUAGUCCGUACCAACACUUUGACCAAAUCUGCUGUUGUCCAAGUUGAUGCUGCUCCUUUCCGUGUCUGGUAUGAAACCCACUACGGUAUUCUAAUGGGCUCUAAGGGUAAGAAGGCCACUCCUACCCCUACUCCCAAGUCCAAGCACGUCCAACGUAAGCAAACUGCCCGUGUCGGUAACGCUAAGGUCGACCCUGCCAUGGAGUCUCAAUUUGCUGCUGGCCGUUUGUACGCUUGUAUUUCUUCUCGCCCUGGCCAAUCUGGUCGCUGUGAUGGUUAUAUCCUUGAGGGUGAUGAGUUGCACUUCUAUCUUCGUCGUAUGGCCCCCAAGAAGUAAGAAGUAUGCAAGCAUCUUUAUAUUUUUGUUUUAGCUUCAGAAGGGAGGAAUAAAUGGAUUCCGAAUUUUUUUUUAACUUGGAAAUGAAACUGUAAAAUUCUGCUGGAUACUCAACA